AUUGUCACAUGCUGCAAAACCAUAAUAAUGACGUGGGCUCGCGUGACAUUGUAGAACAUCUCAUGUUUUGACAGAGAUGGGGUUUUUAACGCUCACACUGUUUUUAUUUUUCACGGUUAUCUGUGCUGAGAGAAAUGGACCUAUUCAGACGUUUGUUAUCCCGCACAGUCACAUGGAUGUUGGCUGGUUAUAUACUAUUCAGGAGAGCAUGCAUGCCUAUGCAGCGAACGUGUACUCUAGUGUGACAGAGGCGCUGACACAGAACAAACAGCGCAAGUUCAUCGCAGUGGAGCAGGAGUUCUUUCGGCUGUGGUGGGAUUCUGUGGCUACAGACAACCACAAGAAACAAGUGCGACAGCUACUGAAGGAGAGUCGACUUGAGUUCGUCAUUGGGGGGCAGGUGAUGCAUGAUGAAGCUGUAACUGAUCUAGAUGAUGAUAUACUGCAGCUGACGGAGGGCCAUGGGUUCCUGUACGAGACGUUUGGGGUGCGUCCCCGGUUUUCGUGGCACGUGGACCCGUUUGGAGCCUCUGCCACCACCCCUGUCCUCUUUGCCCUGGCUGGGUUCCAUGCCCACCUCAUCUCCCGUAUUGACUAUGACCUCAAAGAUGUCAUGCAGAAGAGCAAGAAACUACAGUUUGUUUGGAGAGGCUCCCCCUCCUUGAAAGAGCAGCAGGAGAUCUUCACUCACACCAUGGACCAGUUCAGCUACUGUACUCCAUCUUACCUGCCUUUCUCUAACAGGUCUCCUACAUAUCUCUUUUCCCCUCUCAACAUCUUCCAUGUCAUAACUCUCCUAGCAUAUCCCACUCUCUUAGACCUAACCCUACAGGCUGUAAUUGAAUUAAGACUCCAAAUAGUUUUUUGGGGGGAGAAUCACCAAAGAUCUCCGUUUUGUCUGUCACCAUGGGCUCUUAAUAGAUUACAAGCACAUGUUUGUCUCAGUGUAACUAAUCAGUUCUUUCUCAGCUCUGGUUUCUAUUGGAAUGGCGUGGCUCUGUUCCCUGACCCCCCUAAAAAUGGCAUCUACCCCAACAUGAGCCUGCCUGUCACCAAAGAGACGCUGCACUCCUAUGCCAAGACCAUGGUGCAGAACAUCCAGCAGAGGGCAGCGUGGUUCAGGACAAACCAUGUCCUCUGGCCCUGGGGUUGUGACAAGCAGUUCUACAACUCCUCUGUGCAGUUUGCCAACAUGGAUCCCUUAGUGGAAUACAUCAACCAGAACAGCAAGGAGUUUGGCGUGACAGUCCAGUACGCCACUCUCAGCGAGUACUUCCAGGCUGUCCACCAAUCAAAUCUCACCUGGGAGGUGAGGGGAAGUGAGGACUUCCUUCCUUAUUCCACUGAACCUUUCCAGGCGUGGACUGGAUUCUAUGCCUCCCGGAAUGUUCUGAAGGGGAUAGCAAGGAGAGCUAGUUCCCAGCUGCAUGCUGCAGAGACUCUGUUCACUCGGUACCGGGUCAGCUACCCAGAUGGACCGGUCCCUAAAGAAGAAGCUCUGCAGAAGCUGAAGGCCCUCCGCUGGGCUGUCUCUGAGGUACAGCACCAUGAUGGGAUCACGGGGACAGAGUCUCCCAAGGUGUCUGACAUGUACAUAGAGCACCUGACCCAGGCUAUGAUGGGAGUAGAGGAACUUCUGGCUGCCCUCUUCCUCCUGCCCCAGGCCCUGGGCCCCGCUAGCAACUCUGAAGCCUUCAAUAAACAAGACUCUCAUAGCAAGGGCUCCCAUCAGGACCUGGAGCAGCACAUCAUUGUGUACAACCCCCUGGCAUGGAACACCACCGCUAUCAUCAACGUCACGGUAACCUUCCCCAUGGCAACCGUGUUCGACGACCAAGGACAGGCCAUACCUGCACAGACCCAGAGUUCAGCUGACUCCAACACGACCUAUGACCUGUUCAUUGUGGUGGACCUUGGGGGUCUCCAACACAGGAAGUACCUCAUCAAGUUCUCAGAGAAGCCGGGUAAAGAGGGAUCCUUGACCCACCAUGCCUGGGUUGUGUCGUUCAAGAGACUAAAUGUUUCACAGGAGUUGAAGACAGGAAGGAGACUCUUACCGGUUCUGAAUGAGUGUUAUAAGAUCAUGCUGGACCAGGAUACUAAUCUACUGCAUAGCAUCACCGACAGGCAUGAGAAGAGGACGGUGAGAAUGACUCAGGAUUUCUGGGAGUAUCAGGUCAAUGGGAAUGUCAGUGCAGGGCCCAUCUCUGACAACUACAUCUUCAGUGCUAACGACUCGGCAGUGAGGGCGUACAAGGCCGUCAAGAUGGAGAUUGUCCCUGGGAAGAUCAUCACUGAGAUCAGACAGUACUUCUACAGGGAGGAAGCAGAUGAGGACUACACCUACUCUGUCACCACCAGAGUACCACAGAGUUUCCCUAGCGGCAGGCUGUGUUACAGGCUGGAGCAGAGCUACUCGCUGGGCCCCCUGGUGGUCAACACCGAGGCUGUCCUCAGGACCAGGACCAGCCUGAAGAACAACAGGACUCUGUUCACUGACGACAACGGGUACCAGAUGAUGAAGAGGCCUUCCAGGACGUUCGUCAAUGAUACUGUUGCCAGAAACUACUACCCCAUGGUUCGAAUGGCCUACAUUGAAGAUGACUCUAGCAGACUGGUCCUCCUCAGUGAGAGAGCUCACGGGGCAUCCAGCCAGAGUGAGGGAGAGCUGGAGGUGAUGCUCCACCGACGUCUGUGGAACAACCAGGAGUGGACUCUGGGUUAUAACCUGACCCUGAACGACAGCUCGGUGGUGAGGCCUGUCCUGUGGAUGACACUGGGCUCCCUGGCUGCUACCUCCUCUCUCUACCAGAGGGAGGCGCUAGAGCUGCAGCACAGACCUGUGGUCAUGCCCAUCGACAGGCCACAGAAGGCCUGGAAGAAGGAGCCUCGGACCGGAUCUCCAAUUCGCCCCGUGGUCCUGCCUGACAACCUCCACCUGCUGACGCUUAGUGUCCCGGGCUGGUUCUACAGCUCCAACCACACCCUGCACCUCCGCAACAUGGAGACCGGUACCCCUGGGUCCACACAGCCGGACUACGAUCGUGUCCUACUGAGGAUUAUGCAUCUGUAUGAGAGGGGGGAAGACCCGGUUCUGUCUCAGCCGUCUACCAUUAACAUGAAGGAAGUGCUGCGGGGCAUGGGGGAAGUGAGAGCGUUGGAGGAGCGCUCUCUCACAGGAACCUGGGAUAUCGCCGACCUCCAGAGGUGGAAGUGGAAGGCUUCAGAAGACCCAGUGAGGGGUGAGAGUGUUGGGGUCAAGAGGUCAAGUGUGAGAGGAGAGUUCAACGUGACCAUAUCACCCAAAGAAAUCAGGACCUUCUUUGUUUACUUCAAGCUCAAGUAGAAAGUUCCAGGUCACCUUCAGUCUUCUGUGAAGAUGGAUAACUAAUCUGAAGAGAGGCCUUCUGACAUGUAGAACAUGGGAUUAAACAUUCUGUCAUGUACAUUCUCUAAUGUAACACGUGCCAUUGUAUGACCAGGAUGUGGAUUAUCUUGACGUGCCGGUCUACUUUUUCUGUAUAAAAUUGAGUAUAAUCUAAAA